AUGUUCGAUUUUGAGUCUCACUUGAACUCAUUUCUCAAGACUACAUCCAAAUCUUUCAAGCUGCUCUUUGUAACGAAUAACCAGUUCGUGCUUCCAAUAACAAACCGCAUUCUUGUCUUGGACUCGUCAUUCAAUCCCCCUCAUAAAGGUCACUUAUCAUUAGUAGCCAAGUCGCUAACACAUAAACUAGGGGAUGAAUCUGCUGCUCACAGCAGCAUGAACUCAAGGUCAGUGCUACUAUUGCUCUCCAUAAAAAAUGCCGACAAGCCUCCACAACCUGCUAAGUUCGAAGACCGCCUUAAAAUGAUGUAUCACUUGGCUCAUGAAAUCACAGACCAACUAGGAGUUUCUUGUGCUAUUGGAAUCACCAAUUGCUCCCUGUUUGUGGAUAAAGCUCUGACUUUAGAGGGGUACUUCAAGAAAAACUACACAGACCGCUUGAGCUAUACCUUCCUGCUCGGCUAUGAUACACUUGUUAGACUUCUCUCUCCAAAAUACUACGAGCCUCGUUCUUUACAAGAUGCCUUAGGGAGCUUCUUCAAUACGAGCGACUGUUUUGUAUUGACACGGAACGACGGCCAUGAUUCUCUAGAAUCACAGUUGCAGUACCUCGAGAGAAUGAAAAAAGGGAUGGUAGCAGACACACCUCCUACAUGGGCUGACAUGAUAUUCCUAGCUCGAGGAGAUGCUGCCACGGAGAAUAUCAGCUCAUCAAGCAUUAGGGAAAUCAUUCAGUCUGGUAGCAAUAGCUGGAUCUCGAAAACAACACCAAGCGUAGCUAGUUUCAUCACCGAACAGCGCCCUUACGACGACAUCCGUACACCACCAUAG